AUGUCCACGUCAAUAUCAGUUCCUGAUGCCCGCCUUGGCCUCACGUCGUCUGAGUGGCAGAUGGUCGUCCACCAGCAGCAGAUCGCCCUGCAGGGGAGCCACAAUGGCAGCGUCGUGUCGCGGGGAAGGGGGAUGGGCAGAAGCACCUCCAGCUCCCGCGCCGCCAGUGCCGCAAGCAGCCAGGGCAGACUGCUGCUGGAUCCAGACAGUCUCCAGGCCCUGUACUAUCAACUCGAUCAUUUGCUGAGGGAUAUCCGACGGAGAAUCGAAUAUUUGAACGAACAAUCCGAACUUUCCAUCCAGAAUACCUAUGACAAAGCGGGGAACGUAAUCGCGGAUGCUGAUGCGGAGAUCGCGCGUGUGCGGCGAAUCAUCGCAUCAAUCGACGAGCUCGAGAUGGAGUUUGAAAAAAUAAAACGGAUUAGGGAUAUCGUCAAGGGCUUUCGCGCUCGAGUCGAGGCCCUAGAUCACCGUCUAGACCAAGCAUCACGCAGAAGGCGGUAA